AUGAACGGUGACAUCCCGAUAGAAGACCUGGCAGCAUGGGCAAGUGAAGUGCCAAAGGGCGAGAAAAAAUGGGGGAACCAGAAAAUCGAGACGUUGCCAAAGGUGGAUAUGGAUAAAGACCUGCGAACACGGAUACAAGACAGUCUCGGAAAGGUCAAGGAGUGGGAGAUCUUGAGGGUGACACAAGCAAAUACGUCGCUUACCGUUACAAAGGACAAUUCAACCUUGUUUGCCCUCGAGGUAGACAAAUGA